AUGUCGGCCGCAGCGCUUAUUCUCCGGGGUUGUCAGUUCGUCUUCACCCUCAUUUCUUUCAGCAUCCUGGCAGCGGCGGACGGCAAUCUGACGGCGUUCAGCACGGGCCAGUUCCUGCUGGCGGCGGGCAUCAUCGGGUUCAUCUUCUCGUUCAUCGCCCUCGUCGCAGGCAUCGCAGCCGUCGCCAGCAGCUCGCUGAGGGACAAGCAGUCGCGCAUGUACCUCUACUUCGCCGCUGAGAGCUUCCUCAACGUGUGUCUACUCUUCGGGGCUGCCUGCACGGGCGCCAAUGUGUUCGGCGAGUCGUGCGGCUUCUUGAGCAACGCCUAUGACGCAUUCGAGUCCAGGACCAACACAUGCACCUACGCCAAGACGUCAGUCGGCUUUGCAUUCCUCGCCUCGUUCGCUUUCAUGGCCACACACUGGUACUAUGUCUUUGCAAUGAAUCGCGGCUAA